CGGUACGAUAAGGUUUUCAAACCGGUUAAGUGUGCGCAUUUUGGUCUUUUCAACCGGAUUAGGAGGGACAAGAAUGAGUCCAUCGAGCUGUCUUCGUCAGAAACAGAAAGAGUCUCUUCUUCAAUCCAAUCUUUUUACAACAUUAGGCUGUUGAGACCUGAAAUCUCUAAGGAAGAAGAAAGAAUGAACGUAGACGAAGAGAUUCAGAAACUGGAAGAAGAGAUCCAUCGUCUUGGUUCUCGUCAGACCGAUGGCUCUUACAAGGUGACGUUUGGAGUGUUGUUCAAUGACGAUCGAUGUGCCAACAUCUUUGAAGCAUUGGUUGGGACUCUGAGAGCUGCCAAGAAACGCAAAAUAGUCGCAUUUGAAGGUGAACUUUUGCUUCAAGGCGUUCACGAUAAGGUUGAGAUCACUCUCCGACCAACACCACCGCCACCGCAAGCUGCUGCUGCUACUGCAGCCUCCUCCUAAGUUCCCAUUUCUGCUUUUAAUCUUUAUACUAUUGAGUGUAAUGAAAUGAUAAACUUGAAGAUCAAUGAUUCCUUUGCUUCUCUAUUGUCAUGAUCACAUUGCUUGAGCUAUAUUUUUAAGUUGUUGCAUGUAGUAACAAAGUCACUAUUAACAAGAAAGAUUUCUUCUCUUUUUCUGCC